AUGGCUUAUGAAGCUAUUGAUACUCUGCUUCAAACCUUAGAUCGAAUCCUAAAGCAUGGCAAUGAUCGCGUCAUCACUCAUUCUGUUAAACAAGAAAUUUUAUCCAUCGGCGUCCAAGCUGUCAUCUUGCAGUUGAAUCUCAAACAUUAUCCAAACAAAGAAACAAUCAGAGAUGCAGCAGUUUCAACAAAUGAGAUUAUUGAAUAUCUCUUCUCUGAAGAAAACCUUUUAGAUGGAGUCAGACUUGCGAACAGGCUGAGGAAACUAGCAGAGAGAUUGGAGUCAACCGUUGGAGAUGUGGUGGAUUGCAUCAAGGGUAAAGGCUCAGUCGGCAGUGUAACUGAUUCUGCCGACGUUAGUUCAUCAUCAAGAUCAGCAAUCACAAGCAGCAAAGAUGAUGGUGUGGUUCGUUUUGAAGAAGAUGUGGAAGUGAUCAAGAAUCGACUUUUAGAGAGAUCAUCCAGACUACGAGUCCUCCCAAUUGUUGGAACAGGAGGCAUUGGUAAGAUCACACUUGCUAAAAUUGUUUAUAAUCAUGCAUCCGUUGUGGAAAAUUUUGAUAUCUGCGCCUGGGUCACAAUAUCACAAGAUCAUAGUGUAGAACGUAUUGUUCUAAAUCUUCUAGCUUCCAUGAAAGAAAUUUCAACCCUAAGAGAUAGUGACAUCUCUAUGGAAACCUUAAUUUACAAAUACCUACUAGGUCGGAGGUAUCUUAUUGUAAUGGACGACAUGUGGAGUAAGAAAGCUUGGGAUGAUGUAAGGAUGUUGUUUCCUGACUCCGGUAAUGGCAGUUGGAUCAUAGUAACCACAAGGCUGCAUGAUGUGGCUGCUUAUGUCGACUCUUCUAGUUCCAUUCAUACUAUGAGUGUGUUGGAUGCACAUCAUAGUUGGAAUUUGCUAGAGCAGAAGGUGUUUGCCGGUACAUACUUUCCUAUUGAACUAAAAGAUAUAGGGAAGAAAAUUGUUCAAAAUUGUGGAGGACUCCCCCUUUCAAUCGUGGUGGUGGCAGGACUUCUAUCUAAGGUUCAUACUCGAUCCUCAUGGGAGCAAAUUGCUGCAAAUGACGGGCAGCUUGAAUCAAUAAUUGGUUCGAGUUAUACUCAUUUACCCAAUCACUUGAAGCCAUGUCUUUUAUAUAUGGCUGGCUUUCCAGAAGAUCAGGAGAUUCGUGUUACAGAGCUUGUUAAUCUUUGGAUGUCCGAAGGUUUUGUAACACUUUCAAAUGGGCCUUUUGUUUUAUGCUUUUUAUUGGGCUUUAGCCCACUUAUUAGUCCACAUUGCUUGUGA